CUUAGGUGGUUUCCAUGUCCUGGCUAUUGUGAACAGUGCUGCUGUGAACACAGGGGUGCACGCAUCUUCUUGAAUUAGAGUUUUGUCCUGGUAUAUGUCGUUUGGUCCCCUGUAAAUUGAUCGUCUUCAAAUAUCUGUUAAGCACUUAUUUAAAGAGGCUGCUACUCCUGAGUGUUACAGGAAAAUAGCCUCCGUCAGAGUUUAGUAACCAGCUCUCCCAGCAUGUCCCCGGGGAUCUGGACCACAUCAGCACCCCAGAUAGCUUGCGAAGUCUUUAUUUUCCCAACCCAGACGCUAUACUUCCCAAGAAUGGUUCUGUUAAGUAACGGCUCUGUAUCCUUACAAAUAACAUACGGUGACGUUUUGGUACCACUUAAAUUGCCCUUAUGAGCAAUUGUCUAGCUACUGGCCCCCUUAAUUCAACCCUCCAGCAGAUAACUGCAUGUGUGCUUUGUGCUAGUUACUUAACUCUCCUGAGCCACGGUUCCUGUACCUGUGCAGUGGGGAUGAUGGACGUCUGUCUCCAAAGGCUUUCCUAAGGAUUAUAUGAUGAGACACAUCGACCUAGUCAGGAGAGGUCACGGCGUGAGGCCGCCGCCACGGUCGCCGUGAGGUCGGAGCGCCGGGCUGCACCAUGGCCUACUGCCAGCAGGAAGGGAAGGAUCGAAUCAUAUCUGUGACCAAAGAAGACCAUGAAACUCCAAGCAACGCGGACCUGGUGGCCGACGACCCCAAUGAUCCUUAUGAGGAGCACGGACUGAUCCUGCCCAACGGAGACGUCAACUGGAACUGCCCGUGCCUGGGGGGCAUGGCCAGCGGCCCGUGUGGGGAACAGUUCAAGGCGGCCUUUUCCUGCUUCCACUACAGCACAGAAGAUGUCAAGGGGUCGGACUGUGUAGACCAGUUCCGGGCCAUGCAGGAGUGCAUGCAGAAGUACCCGGACCUCUAUCCCCAGAAGGAGGAGAAGGCAGCGGAUGGAUUAGAGGAAACGGCUGUCUCUGAGGCUGCCACGACCAAAGUAGAGGGGUCCAGCUAAUGAGGGCCCUGGUCUCCAGCCUCCUUCAGAGAGGAUGAACCUCUCCAAGAAAGUGUCUCUCCCUCUGUUGUUCUGUGCACUGUAAUGUACAAAAUAACUUAUUGAGUGAUCAGGGGUCUUGGCCCCUUGACAUGUACACUGAAACAUGGGUUGUUUGUAUGUGUGUCUCACAUAACCUGUCAGCGAAUGUAGCCACUUUUGAAUUCUCAGAUUGUCCUGAAUUUUGCCAUUUUGAAAUAAUGUGCUGAAUAAUCUCAACAACCAAAAAUCUUUAUCUGGGAGUGUCUCUUGUGAGUGAGCUGAUCUAUUCUGAUUCAUUGUAUCCCUUUUAGUAGAUUUUAUACCCAGUUGGAAAGUGAGAUAGAAACAAACAUCUUCCUUUAAAAAUGCUGGAGGGGGGCCAUUCCUUAUAGAAGAGGUGGGAUGAUCAGACCUUGAGUAUUGGACGAAGCACUCUGCUUCAUUUCUGAUAUAUUUUGGUUUCUAGUUUGCAUUGAGCUCCACGUUUUCUACGUUUGGAAAACAGAGCUUUGGACCCUCUGAGUGACUCCCUUUGUAAGUGAAGAGAAAGGCUGUUUUUUUCUCUUCUUGUUAUCCCAAAAGCCCUGCUUUGGGGUCUGCGUUCACACUGGCUCUGUCUCAGCCUGUUCAGAUGCAACGUUCUUGAGAGGUGGGGACCUAAUCAUUACCAAAGUAGCACCCGAGAGGGGAAACGGUGUCAAUUAAAAGGAAAACGUGAUUUUUACCAGAAAAAAAAAAAAUUAUCACAAGUAUGGUUCCAUGAAACAUGUGCUUACAAUUAAAAAAAAAAUCACAAAACACACAGGGAAACAAGUCACUCAGAAUGAGUUACUCAAAGAGCAGAGGCAGACACAAAGACUGCAGAAAUUGGAAUUAUUAGAAGUAGAUAUGUGUUUAAUAUAUUUAAAGAAAUAAAAACGUCAAACUAUGAGGAAGUAACAAGAGACUGUAAUAUUUGCAAAAGAAGCUCUGAAUAUGAGAAACAGAUGAAUGGACAAAAUUACUCAUCAUCUCAAUAUAUAUGUAAGGCCUUUAUUAUAAAUCUACUGAAGGACAUUAAAAAAGGCCAACAUAAAUGAGGAGACGCACCAUAAAAUCAUAGACAGAGAGGCUUCAUGUUGUAAACUGGUCGAUUUUUCCCAAUAUUGAUCAACAGAGUCAGUGAAAUUCCAAUAAAAACGCCAGCAAGGCUUUUCCUUGGGCAUGCCCAAACUAGUUCUAAAAUGUAUCUGGGGACUUCCCUGAUGGCACAGUGGUUAAGAAUUCUCCUGCCGGGCUUCCCUGGUGGCGCAGUGGUUGAGAGUCCGCCUGCCGAUGCAGGGGACACGGGUUCGUGCCCCGGUCCGGGAGGACCCCACAUGCCGCGGAGCGGCUGGGCCCGUGAGCCAUGGCCGCUUAGCCUGCGCGUCCGGAGCCUGUGCUCCGCAACGGGAGAGACCACAGCAGU